CCAAAAAACCAACUUCGAGACCGCCGUCUGGACAGGCGGGACGGCGGUCUGGGUUUGCUUCCGGAGGGAGACGAUGGUCUGGGACGGCGAGACCGCCGUCUAGGUUUUGUUGCACACUGGGACGGCGUUCUGGAGCCUCCAGACGGCGUUCUGGGUUUUUGGGUGCACUGA